AAAGUGUGUUCCCAUUUAAUCACUUUUGCGCCCGCUACGCGCUACUUCCCUUCAAAGUGACCACUUCUAGGAGUGAUCACUUUAAAGGGAGUAGGGCGUAGGGGUCGAGGUUUUGGAUUGGAACACAGCCUUUAUGUCAGAUUGCUUCCAAACUCAGGACUGUGCAGCACAGUAUGGAGCCGACGAGUGGCGCUUCUACAUCUUGUCCUCCUAAGCGUCCAGGGGUUGGAGUGGGUGUGCUUGUUACUAGCAGCUCGCAUCCAAAUUGUGUCCUGUUGGGAAGAAGGAAAAGUUCCAUGGGAAAAGGAACUUCCCAGCUUCCAGGAGGGCACUUGGAAUUUGGAGAAACUUGGGAAGAGUGUGCCGAAAGGGAGGUGCUAGAAGAAACAGGUCUUCACCUGAAGAAUGUUUGUUACACGUCUGUAGUGAACUCCAUCAAAUUAGAAGAAGAUUACCACUAUAUCACCUUAAUAAUGAGAGGAGAAGUGGAUACAAGCUACCAAUCCGAACCUGUGAAUUUAGAGCCUGAGAAGAAUGAAGGAUGGACCUGGAUGAAAUGGGAAGACUUACCACCAGACAGCCAGCUUUUCCUGCCUUUAGCCUGCCUGAAAAAACAAGGAUACCAUCCUUUCAAAGACUGUUCAACAUCUCCCAAAGGAACACCAGCUCAACAAUAGAUAUGCUGGGCUGUAUUCAUACAACAUCAGAGUGCUGGUUACUGUAUUGCGGGGCCAGUGUGUUUACCUACAUGUUAAUGCAUUAUGAAUGUGUCCCUAUAGUUUAAAUACACUGUAUUGUUGCAGUUUUAAAUUAAUCAAAUACUGUAAUAUGAAUUGAACCACCCUAGUGGGUGUAUAGUCUGAUGUUUCAAUACCAAUUACAGUUAUAACCUCAUGCAAUAAAUCUUGUAUACUGUAA